AUGUCAUCAUUAGGAUCUGAGAGAGUUUUAUCUAAAUCUCGACGUCGUUUUACGACAGAUACACUUUUUCGUCUAAUAACACAAUCAAAUCAAUAUGAUGAUAUUCGUUCAUCCUCUUUACAUGACAAUGAAUCAAUGUCAUCUUAUACAAAUGGACAUUUGUCUGAAUGUGAUCUGCGUCAUCUUUGGUCUCUUUUAUCACAAAUGAUCCAUAAACGCCUUCUUAAACAUGAACCAUGUCUAUUACCUGAACUCGGUGCAUUUGUUUUAAUUGAUCAUCCAUCAUUGGAUAGUGCCAUUAAUCCUAUAAAAGAACCAUUUUUUGUGUUAGAUACAACAUUUGCACGCCGUCAUCGUUUAUCGCGAAUUAAAAAACCGAAUCUAUCAUCAGCACUUUCACUUUCACUGCAAGCUAACGGAAAUUCAACACAUAUUGAACCCAAUACAUCAUUGUCGUCGUUUAAUAUGCAAACAUUAGAUUAUACGUCAUUACAAAAUGAAUCGGGUUUAACACGUGAACAAUUAAUGACGGCUAUAGCACAAAUAUUUGCUAUAAUUGAUAAAGAAAUUAAUCCAUAUGGAUAUUGCUAUUUAGAAUUUCCUCAAUUGGGGCAUUUCAAAAUUUCAUUUGGUUUGGCUACAUUUGAUUUUAGUGAGACAUUUGUUGAAGAAUUUAAAGCGACAAUUAAUAAUACAAUAAAUGAAAAAUAA